UUUCAGUUCUGAAACCACUGAUCACCACCUGAAGCUAUCGUCUCCUCCAGAAGGCACUGUUCAUGUCUACGCAAGUCAUAACAGAAAUAAUGAGCCAGGCCAGGGCAAAGGCUCAGCCGUAGCUCUGCAGCUUGACACUGGAAGUGCUGUGGUAUGUGGCUGCAAAGGGAAGAACAACCACAGACUGGAUGUCCAUAGUCAUCAAUCUGAUCAUCAUACAGGAGCAAACACAGAGCCAAAAACAUUUGAAGGAUACUCCAUGUACACCUCUCCUGCUAGAUUAUCACCAAAGUGUGUCAAACCAAAACCCAGGCCUGCAACAGGGGCGUCAAAUAGGUUUGGCAACAAACCAGUUGGGCACAAAGAUGGAAAACGAAUCUCUAGGAAGGAAAAACUCAUCACAGAAAUUAACAAUAACAUGGCUACUGAACACAAGCCAACACCUGUUUAUGAAUCAAAGACAACAGCCGGCUACAACUACGGACUACCGCUGAGUUCCCCUCCUGCUCCAAACAAAAAGCAACCAGAAGGGCAGCGGAUCACUGUGUGUGUGAGGAAAAGACCUCUGACAUGCACUGAGUGCCGGAGAGGAGAGGCAGAUGUUGUAACAACUCCAAGUGGAGAGAGUGUGAUUGUACAUGAAGGCAAAGAGGCUGUGGAUCUCACACAGUACAUACUACAGCACAAGUUCUACUUCGAUCAGGUUUUUGGGGAAGAGAGCUCCAACGAGGAGGUGUAUCUAAGAACGGCAUAUCCUCUGGUGCAACACAUGCUCAAUGGAGGCAAGGCCACCUGCUUUGCAUAUGGCCAGACAGGUGCAGGGAAGACUCACACAAUGCUGGGUUCACCCUCUGGGAGACCAGGGUUGUAUUCACUGGCAGUCCGGGACAUUUUUGCUCUCCUCUCCACCACACACACGCACCCACCCUUGAUGGUGUAUGUCAGUUUCUUUGAAAUCUACUGUGGUCAGCUGUAUGACCUGUUGGACCACAGAAAAAGGUUGUUUGCCAGGGAAGAUGGACAGAAGGUGGUUCACAUUGUUGGGCUGCGUGAUGUCAGAGUGGACUCAGUUAGCUCACUGCUGGAGGUGAUUUCACAGGGUACAGAAGAGCGAACACAAGGGGUGAGUGGAGUGAAUCCGCUCUCCUCUCGUUCCCAUGCCUUGCUUCAGAUUCAGCUAAGAGGUCCGAACCAGCAGAUUGCUGGCAGAAUGUGGUUUGUGGACCUGGCAGGAAGUGAGAGGGCAUCAGAUACCAAAGAACCAGAUAGGCAGAGUCGUAUGGAGGGAGCUGAGAUUAACCAGAGUCUGUUGGCUCUUAAAGAAUGUAUCCGGUCCCUUGAUCAAGAGCAGUCGCACACACCUUUCAGACAAAGCAAACUUACUCAGGUUUUGAAAGACUCAUUUGUUGGUGACUCAAUGACAUGCAUGAUUGCCAACAUUUCACCUGGUCACUUAGCAACUGAACAUACGCUGAAUACACUGAGAUACGCCGACCGGGUGAAGGAGUUAAAGGGACAGGGAGGACUCAGAGGAGGAAGAAGGGGCAAAACAACCGCCUCCCCCAAACGUAACCUGUCCAACAGCAGCAGCAGCAGCAGCAGCAGCAGUGGAGGCAACAGUCUGGGCACCCGAGGGAAAAGCCCCCCUAAAAAGCCAAAGUUAGGGAGACAAAGAGAGGAUUUUGGCCCCACCACACCUACCAUGAGAUUGGCCACGGGGGGCACAAUUCUCUGCUCCACACCUAAAAACAUUAGAUGGGAAGAGGAAACAAGUGCAAGCGCAAUGAAGGAGAUUGGACUUGAACACAUUACACCAGUCAGAAGUUUGCUGGGGACAGGUGAAAAGAGGGAGAAAGCAGAUGGGAGGGAAGGUCGAAGAAGAGAAAGGUAUGGAAUAACUGACAGGGUUGGUCACUCAGUUGGUGACCAAAAUGUUUCGGCUGGGCUGGUCUUGGGACAAGCAGAUGAGCAGCUUCACUUGUGGGAGGUACAGAGGGAAUCUGGAUUCGACCACAGAGAGAAAGAGAAUCAGCAAAGCCCUUUAAAAGGGGGAGGAAACAAGGAAAGACGACCGAUAGAACAGAGAAGACAAGUGGAAAGCAGUAGGAACACAUGGACUGAAGUAAGAGAAAAAGAUUUACCAAAGGCUAAUGAGAAAGAUAAGGAGAGGGAGAGGCAUCUGAGAUGGUAUCACCAGCAGCUGCAGCAGUCCAUGCCCUCACCAGAUUCUUCAUCUGUUAAUCUCUUCUCACCCUCUACAUGUCUGUCUUUUUCUUCCUCUAAUCAGGCCUCUCUCUCUUCCUCUGUCUCUCCAUCUUCAAGUUCUCCUUUCCAACACUCCUCUAACCUCUCAGUUUCUGCACUUACGUCUCAUGGUUUGACAGAGGUUUUAGAUGCAUACAGAGCCAGGGUUGAGGUUAGGGCUGAGGGUAACAGAGGACAGUUGUCUGUGUUCCCCAGUGGAGAGAUUGGCUUACAAAAUGAACCCUCUCCGAGCUGCAGUAAAAAUAAGGAUGAGCUGGGUCAUGGUGAGUCAGGCAGUGUUGGUGACCUUUGGAGGGAGGGAACAGAUGAAAGAAUCAGACAAAACAGAGAUAGAAAUGAGAAGAGCAGGUCACUAAAGGUAACAGUGGAAGAAGAGUUAAGGAGGAAGGAGUGGAGACCAGCUGGAAUGGGAGGAGGAGGAGAAGAGAGGAGGUGUGCUUGGGUGGCAACAAUCCAGACAAAGGGGGCAGAUAGGAUGACAGGUGCAAUACCAGCUGAUGCAGAGGCAUUAAUGUCCAACAACUGUGACUCAGAGGAGAGGAGAGAAGAGAGCGAGGAAGAACUACAUGCCUCAGAUGCCCCAGUUGAUGGAGUGUGGAGUAAUGAGGAGCGAGAAGGAGCUGAUGGCUACAGCUUACUGUCAACCCACAGCGACAGCCUCUUUAACCACCCUCCUGCUGAGUCAUCCCAUCGACGUGCUCCAGCAGAACGACCCCUCUCCCCAGCCUGUGAACAUACCAGCAUGCCCCUUACCCCUAAUAAACCCAGUAAUCUCUCCCUUAAAUUAAAAGAUACCAGAUGCACCUCAAACAUCCUGCAUCUGCCGUUGCAAAAUGCUCAACAGGGAGUGCCAUCAAGCAGCUGCAUAGAGAAGCAAGCAUGGUUUGUUGCUCAUGCCAAUAGGUCAUGCACACUACCUCUCUCUACUCCCAUUACAAAGUAUGGAUGUAAAUUACCUGCUGAGCCCCCUAACACAUUAUCUGAAAGCCCAGCUUUCACUCAGGUACACAGCCAUCGAGAGGUCGAAGCCGAAAUAUCUGUUUUACCUCAAGAAGAAACUGCAGAUUCUCUUAGUUGCGUCAUGGACCCUCUCAGUGUCUCCUUGCUUCAGGUGACCCAACAGGUUGCAACAGCCUCUUUCCUCCAAGGGGAACAGAGCAACUCCUCAUUCUGUCCACUUGUAAGAGGAGGAGAUAACAGAAGGAAAGUGGAAAAAGAGCAUCUCACAUGUGCAGAGAUGGCGGGAAAAGUUGUAGUGGACAAGGAUGAAGAAUUGCGGCUGUCAUUUUUGGAGCUGCCACAAGCGAAGACCCAGCACCCUCCUGCCUCUAACAUCAUGACAGCUACAGAUCACACUGAGCGAGGAAAAGACAUGUGUUGUGCCACAUAUGAUCACUGUGAAAUAGAAUCAAACCAUGAAGAGAGCACCAGCAAUCAGCAAAUCAGACCCAAGAUCCAUCUGUCUACACUGGAAGACAUGGAUCGCAACCAAUGGCGUGUUGUCCAGGCCCACUGGGAGCAGCUGGAAGAGAUGGAAGCUUUAUGUCGUAAAGAGGGGACGCUUCUGUGCCAGCAACCUAAUAUGACAUUUGAGGAGUAUGUCCACAAACUGGAGGAUAUCAUGGAGAGAAAGGCUCGGUGUGUCCACAGCAUGCUAGCUCAGCUACAGCCAUAUCUCAAGCCCAGUCUUUCUAAACAACCACACAACCAAGGGAAAGAUAAUCAUGAUCCAAUUACUUGAAUUAGCUGCACUAAGCAGGAGUGUUUGCUAAGUGCAGCCGAUACACUGAAGAAAUUACAUAGAAAGCUGUGUUGUUCAUGAGUGCACAAUAUAUUUUUCACCGACAGCACUAACUAUAGUAUGAGUCAGUA